GUUGAAGGAGUUUUCUUACAAGCGGAAAGCUAGUAGUAGUUUUCUUCGAAAUUUCAACUAAACACAAGAAACAGCAACUCAACUCAAUGUAAUGAACGAGUUGAAGGAUUGAUUAAAUGGAAGCAGUUUUCAGUCAAAGAAGAAGAAGAUGAAGAAUGGCAUCCUUGCUCUGCCAGCUGAGUAAGCAAGAAAGUCUCUGGAGAUUGGGGAGUGCUGUUUCAGCGGUAGUUGGAUCAACCUGUUUGGCUCUGAGCUCCUCUCUCAACCACUUGAUCGGUGCGUGGAAACCAUGGAAGGUCAUUCUUUACAUCCUAUUCAAUAUCUUCCCUUUACUACUUGUCAUCCUCUUUGCAAAGUAUUGGGCAGAGUUCAGAAUCCUUCUCUCCAUAGCGAGGAAUUGGCAACGCUACUCAAGAAACCCACGGUUCAGACCAUUGAUUUCAUUCUUGAUUAUGGUGGUUACCACUUUCUUAUCCUACUACUCCGAUAAACGGAAACCAGAUGCAUACAGCGUGGUUUCCUACAUGGCGUUCGCGAUAACUUGGCUUUGCUUGUCAAGGCACAUACCGUUUGUGUUCGAGGAACUAAUGGAAUCAUUCAUGGGAUUAGCGAUCGCACAACUGAUGAAGAUAAAGUUGCUCUUAGGAGGUUUGAUCGGAAUACUUGUCUGUUUUUGCCUCGUGGUUCUCCAGUGCUAUGCAGAUGCUCCAACAGUCCACCAUCUUCAUCAGCGUCUUAUUAGAGAAACGGUGAUCGAUGUAGCUUCGCUGCAACUCAUUAGUCAAAACCACGGAAUCACUACACCAGCCAGCGAUGAUGAUGAUGAUGAAGAUGUCAGUUCCUCUGUAGUAGGUGAAAACCACGGAAUCACUAACAGUGCUACUACACCGGCUAGUGAUGAUGAUGAUGAUGAUGAUGAUGAGGAUGAUAGUUCCUCUGGUCUUUCCAGUAGUCCUCUUUUGGAUGCUCCAACCCCAACAGGACGUGAUGAAAUCGAAGAUCAGUCUCUCCCACCGUUUCCGGAUCCAACUCACCAAUUUUUAAUACGUUUUGGUUUCCAACGACACAAGAACUGGAUGUUUCGUAAUCCAAGCUUGAUUAAUUACCGCCCUGUUAUUGUUUCCUCUAUACCUCAUGUGGGCUCCACUUCUCUAAAGCAACGGGUUUUCUCUACCAACUCCUCUUCCGCACCUCCUCAAAGGUCAGUUCAAAACAACAUAUUUUCUUAGAUGAUGAAUAUGAGGAGC